CUCUGGAAUUUAACUAUUUUACUUAUUUUUUUAUUUAAUAGGUUUACUCAACAUAAUAUCCAAGUUUGGUUUUUCAUGCUAUGCUUUGCCUUCAGCCUUGUAUGGGCGCGUCCACAACGCUAUGCACACAUCGCAGUUAUCGAAAAUGAUGCAUAUGAACAGACCUUACCUAACGCGCUGAGAAAUCCCUUCUACAAAACGCCUCGAGUGCGCGAGGCACUAGCCAAAUCCAGCUGGUUCGGACCGGGCGAGGAGCCGGUAUAUGAUCGGCAAGCGGAGAAAAUACCACGCGCUGAGAUCUACAAUGUGCUCGCACAUGCCGGGUUCAUCAAUCGGAGAGGAAAAUUAAUUUAAGUUGGCGACUGAGCAUACCUAAGAGUUCUGAGCAUCAUAACGGAGAGGGCUCUCUAGUUAUCCAAGUGGAGUUAUUCGUGGCCACACGAAACAUCAGCCUAUUUACCUAACCUAACCUCACCUGACUGAGAAAUGUAUAUGUAUAUGCAUCCAAAAUAUCAUACUUAUAAAAAUGUAUUUUUAUUUAGGAUUCGUUGUCAACAAACAAAAUCAUGUAUUUGUAU